AUGUCUUCAAAGUACAACCAUGCACCAUGGCGCAAAGCAAUCCUCAUUCCAUUUUGGGUUGUUCAAAUAAUAUUUCUCUGCGUCAUGAUUGGCAGCUUGACACUUGCCAUGAUAGGCCUCGCAGCUUUGGACCCUUACCGGGGCGGAAACAAAGAACUUGAUGCGUUUAAUGAUUUGAAUCGGGAAGAAGUAGACAGAGCUCUCCAUAUGUAUGUACGCUCUGCUUAGAUUCCACAGGUUCAUCACUGACCGCAUUACAGCAUCCUACCCAUCUUUUUCGCGAUAUGCAGCUAUUCUCUCGUCACGGUCAUCAUAGAUAUCGUCCUACUUGCCCUUCACAGAUUGAAACUGGCAAUUUUCAUAGCUCUUAGUGGGAUAAAUACCGCCAUUUGGACGGUGAUGCUUGCUCUUAAAAUUCCCGUCGGGGGAGUUGAUACUCAACAAGCCGGGGCAAUUGCUAUCAAUGUCAUUCUAGCGUAAAGCCCUCCUUAACCGUCCCCUUUAGAGUAUACUGAUUCUCCUAGACUGAGUUUCUGGGUCCCCUUCAUCUACGGCUGCACAGUCUGUUGUCGAGUACGAAAAUCGAAGAAAGCUCUCAACGAAGGCAGCACGUCUCUUUCUGAGAACGGCUCUUCUCCACAAUACGGACAUUUCACCUCCAGAGAUAUCCACGAUGAGGAGAGCUUUCCACUUGCAGUCGAGCGACCAAGUUACAACAAUACACGAGAUACGAGGGUAGAAGAUUUCAGAGGGGAUCGUAGUAUUUUCCCAAAUCAUGGACAUGGACAGGAUAGCUUUAUCGCGAAUCACCCUAGCCCGCACCCUCCGACUAUCAACAUACAGCAUGAUGGUGUAAACGGUUAUGAAAUGGGCAGUGGAAAGAAGGGUGAAAUACGUUAG